UAAACCAUUGGCUCUACAGCACAUUCAAGUUCCUUUGCAGUGUGUGUUUGUCUUCCAGUAAGUCAUCUGUAUUGCGAGCAAUGGCACUACUGAAGUCCAGCAAGAUUUUGACAAGAGUCGGGGCCCAGGCCCAGGCCCAGGCCCCUGCCUUGGUAGUUUUACAGCUCCGUGCAAGCUCAUGGUGGACAGAGGUGCAGAUGGGACCCCCUGAUCCCAUCCUGGGGGUCACAGAGGCUUUCAAACGUGACACCAACCCUAAGAAGAUGAACCUCGGAGUGGGAGCUUAUCGAGAUGACCAGGGCAAGCCAUAUGUCCUCAACUGUGUCCGCAAGGCUGAGGCCCAGAUUGCUGCUAAGAUGCUGGAUAAAGAGUACCUUCCAAUUGGAGGUUUGGCAGACUUUUCAAAGGCCUGUGCUCAGCUGGCUCUUGGUCCUGAUAAUGAGGUCUUAAAGAGUGGAAGAAGCAUUACAGUCCAGACUAUUUCAGGAACUGGAUCUCUACGUAUUGGUGCUAACUUUUUGUCCCGAUUCCACAAUGUGGCCCGGGAUGUGUACCUGCCCAAACCCUCCUGGGGAAACCACACCCCUAUCUUCAGAGAUGCAGGCAUGCAGCUAAAGGCUUACACCUACUAUGACCCGAAAACCUGUGGCUUUGACUUCAAAGGAGCCCUGGAUGAUAUUUCAAAAAUCCCUGAGAAGAGUGUGAUGGUUCUGCAUGCGUGUGCCCACAAUCCCACAGGAGUGGACCCAAAGCCUGAGCAUUGGAAGGAAAUGGCUGAUCUGAUCAAGAAAAGGAAUCUUCUGGUGUUUUUUGACAUGGCUUACCAGGGAUUUGCCAGUGGCGACAUUGAUCGUGAUGCUUGGGCUGUGCGUUAUUUCAUUGAGCAGGGCCAUAACAUUCUACUGUCCCAGUCUUUUGCUAAGAAUAUGGGGCUGUACGGUGAGCGUGUAGGAGGGUUCACUGUGGUCUGUAAGGAUGCUGAAGAGGCAAAGCGUGUGGAGUCCCAGCUGAAAAUUCUCAUAAGGCCCAUCUACUCCAACCCCCCCAUGAAUGGAGCGCGCAUUGCUUCCACUAUUCUCAACACACCUGAUCUCAACAAAGAGUGGCUUAUGGAGGUGAAAGGCAUGGCAAACCGCAUCAUUAAGAUGAGGGAAAUGCUUGUGUCUAAUCUGAAAAAGGAGGGCUCCACUCAAAACUGGCAGCAUGUCACAGACCAGAUUGGCAUGUUCUGUUUCACAGGGCUCAAACCAGAGCAGGUGGAGCGUUUGAUUAAAGAAUUCUCUAUAUAUAUGACGAAAGAUGGUCGAAUCUCCAUGGCUGGUGUGACCUCUGGAAACGUGGGAUAUCUAGCACACGCCAUCCAUGCUGUCACCAAAUAAAGCCGGGGUCCCGUGACUAGUUGCAGCAGACACAGGGGUAAUUAGGUUUGCAUAAGCAAAAAGUAAUUUACAUGAUUUGAAGUACUGGCGCUCUUUUAGGACCAGAUGUGAAAUAGGGCUAAUAUGUAGUCUGCCAGUUCACUUGAUUUGGCAUUAUAAGGUUGACACAUGACUGUAAAUGUGAGCCACUUAAGAAACUAAGGCAGGAUUUGUGCUUUGAAAUUCCAUAAUAACAACAAGCUUUAAAUAUAACUUAUCAUGUAUUUCCUGAGGUAAAACCGAUAAGAACGGUUUUAUGGUCCAAAAAUGCUGAUUUACAGCAUGCAUAAAUCAAGGUUUUGCUUGUUUAGAAACUCUCUGAAACACAGUAGUCAGACUAGACUAUUCAAACCCAAAUAGAGAAAUAACUAAAAAGAAUAAACCAGAUUUCAUUAUAUACUAAUUGUAAAGUUCUUGAAGGACUGUAAUGAAUUUAUAAUGGUAAUUUAACCCAGAGGUGCCUGAGUUAUUACACUCUUAUCCAUCUAAUGAUUUAACAUCAAAGGUGUUCUUGAGUAGUGAAAUAUUGUUCUUGGCUAUAUUUAUGACAACAAGGCAUUUGAUCCAUCCUGAGUUGUAAGUUGCUAUGUACACACUAGUAGUGAUGAAUGCUUACCCACAGUUGUGCUCUAGAUGUGUUCCUGUGUAAUUUAUUGUAGUUAUCUUGCUGUAUGACUGCCCAGUAUUUCCUAAACGUCACACACAAAUCAUGUUAUAAAUGGCAUACACACUAAUUUGAGGACCAGGAGGAAUGUUCUCCAAUUUUGUCCUGGCUCUUGAAAUUUAACCUGAUCUGUUAAAUUUUAUAUAAUAAUAUAUAAUAAUGUUGAUUAACAGUCAUUUUCAUAUAUGGGCAAAAUAUAAUUAGGAUUCAUUUUGAAAUUAAAACCUCCAUGAACAUGCAUUGUAACUGAUAUUUCAGUAGUUAAUCAAUGCUUUAAGAAAAGCUUUGCAUGUUUAGUGCUGUUUGUUGUGUCUGUUUAUGGAUCCAGUGAUUCAGUCUCCUUUCUGAACUGGCUCUGCCUAAGAGUGUCAUCAACUGGUUAUGGGUACUAUGUUUUGAAUUGCACUAAAAAGAGAAAAAGGUGUGAUCAAGUUCAUUGUCUAUUGAAACACUGUUAAAGAUAUAUAUAUUUGUAUUACAGAUUAUUUUAUUCCUAAAUUAAAUCGAGAUGUUAAUAAAAUUUUCCACAUUUUUCAGAACUGCCAUUUGCCAAAAACAAAUUAAUUAUAAAAUGUCACAAGUGGUAUACCUCCUGCAACUUAAACAAUAAACAAAUGAAUAAAGGUGAGCUCAAUGAAACCUCA